UCAAGGUGGGGUAUAUUGUUCUUCAUCAUAACCCUCCUCAUCCACAACUGGGUACACAAUUGUGUCUACAUGCUAGCUGGACAAUAUGGCGUGUAUGGUCCAUAUGGUCGUCCUGGCAACCCUGUUGUGGACCUUCUAUUUGAGCUCUUCGGCCCUGGGCCAGUGGAUUGGACUCCGGCCCCUGGCGACGUCAUCCUAUACUGUACAAUUGUGAUGGGUGUUCUCUAUGCUCUGCGGCCUCUGCUUUUCCCCUUCCCUUUUCGCACGAUGAAUAUACUCUGGCGUUGGGCAGUGGUGGCUAGUCUGGCAACUUAUGCGAGAUUGGCAUCAUUCAUAUUCACGAUCUUGCCUGGUCCAGCUGAGCAUUGUUCUGAGGCAAACUUCAACCCACCGACUACGGCUGGCGAGGUAUUCAAACGUAUAUUUGUUUCUGGAGGCUGCAGUGACCUUAUAUUCUCGGGACAUAUGCUCUACGUUAUCAGCAUUACAUGCGCAUUGUUCCGCUACGCUGAGCACUGGUCCAUCAAAUACUUUGCACUUGUACUCAAUAUAUUACAGGGCUUCCUUAUCAUCGCGUCACGUCGACACAACACAGUGGAUGUGGUAGUUGCUGCAUACGCAGUGCCGUGCAUAUGGUGUACGUUCGCUUACUUUGUUCCUAAUGAUUUCGAAGUGGAGACCCCUCCAGAGAUAACCGGUCAGCCACAAAGUACAAGUCCCGAUGCGGCAGUUACAGAAGCUAGCUGCUAUGGUGACUCACCGGAUUUACAGUCACCUACUCAAGGACGAGCAAGUGGCUCGACCGCAGUGUCAGAUAUUGAGCUAGGCGUUGGGAGUGACAUUCCGACUACUGCUAUACCGAACCAUACACCACCAUGAUGAUGAUUAUCGACGAUUCAAUGGCAUUUUGUAAAGGACUUAUAAUAUAAACAGAUUUGUAUUGCUACCUGUCGGGUGGCAAAAAGAAGGUUUUUCGCAUCUUGGCGGCGUCUUGGCCAGUGUGCUGUUAGUGCGCCGUGAAGUGAACCUGCCUCAUUCGUGGCAUUAAGAUCUAUGAGUUAAGUUACUCCGUAUGUUCUCUUCUACUUCUCCUACUU